ACCAAUAAGCUUGAAGCUAACGGGAAGCGGAUACGUCGCAGGGUUUCACGCGGAAGUCGCAGAAGCGAUUGUAGGACAACGGUGUUGAGGAGCAGUAAGAUUAACUAUCUUGGCACUAUGGGUAAACACUUCGGAAAUUUGGCAAAGAUCAGGCAUGUGGUUACGUACAGUAUUUCCCCCUUUGAGCAGAGGGCUUUCCCAAACUACUUUUCGAAGGGAAUCCCAAAUGUGUGGAGACGAUUUACAGCAUCUGUAUUCAAGGUUGCACCACCUAUGGUUCUGAUGUACCUGACCUACACAUGGGGCAAUCAUGCCUAUGAACAGGGAAAAAGGAAGAACCCUGCAGACUUUGAGAAUGACAAGUGAAAUUACUCGGCUGAAGAAAUGUUCUUAUGUGACUUCAUAUUUCUGUACAAUUCAUCAAUAAAGAAAAUAUUUAUGGAAAAUUAA